AUGACUCGCUCAAGUAUGUCUUAUGAAGAAUGGAAACGUAUCAAACUGCAACAAAAAUCACAAGCUACUGCUGGAGCAUCGGGUGUUCGAGUGAUUUAUCGAAGUGUUCUACAAUCCAAUGAACAACCGCCACGACAUGUUUAUCAAUUAACAAAGAAAUAUCAUGUGAAUCAGAAAACUGUGCCAUCAGUUGGAAUUCGCCCGAAAAUCCCGGAUUUUAAUGAUAAAAUGAUGGUGAUUAAUGGGAAAUUGGUGAAAGUACGAGUUGUACAAUCACCAACAAAACAAUCGCCAUUGCCACCAAUUCUUUUGCCACCAAAACCACUUCAACGAACUGAUUUAUUGGCGAAUCUUCAGCGGAAUACACCAUUGACUGAAUUGCCAAAGUUUAAGAGUCCUCCAGUUUUUAAAGAACCACUUGGCAAUAGAUUUUCGUUUAAGGUAAACUAGGGUUCCUUAAAAAAUUUAAUGUUUUCUGUGAAGAUUUUCAAUCUUUUCAUUUUUUUUUCAAAGUUAUUCUUCAUAUAUUUCCAGAAUUAUGUGCAUUCUGCUGCAAUGCCGUCUAGAAUUGUUAAAAGAGAGAAGAAACACACGAAAGAAGAUGAAAAAAGAGCUCGAACAACAUCGGAUUCUUCAGACAAAUCGAAUUAUGAAGUGUCUUCUAGCAACAGCUCUGAUAAUGAUUAUUCGGAUGUUGAAGUGAAGAAAUCGAAGAAUCAGCGAAAUUUGAUAUCAUCAUCGGAUUCGUCAUCGAUUGCUGGACAAUCUGAUGAUUCAUCGAUUAAAAAAUUGGAAUCGGAAGAAGAAGAGGAUGAAAGUAGUUCGAGUAGUAGUGAUGAAAAUGAAUCGAGCGAUUUUGAACAACAAAUUAAAUGUGAGUUUGGAAAGAGUGGAAAGGAAAUCUGGAUGUUUUCAAGAAUUUUACUGGAAAAAUAGAGAUUCGUUCUAAUUUAAGGUUUGGAGUCUGAGAUUUUUAUGAUCUGAAAUUCAAUAAAAUUGAAAAAAACUAUUCUCAUAUUCUGAAAUUCAUUAUUUUGCAGCCAACAAACGCCGAAUCCUCGAUUCAUCAGAUGAUACAACUGAUUCGGAUAAACCGGUCAAAAAACGAAGUGCAAUGAAAAAACAAAUUGAAACAAGAGAAUCAUCAGUUGCUUCGAGUAUUCGAGAAGAAUCUGCGAAUUUGACGACAAAAUUGGAAAAAGGCGAAAAAGAUUGUCGAAUUGUCGAAUGGCAAAAAAUGGAUCCACGAAUUGUUCCACGAGGUUUGUCGAUUUUUUUUGUUGCUUUUUUUUACACUGGUUUGGAAUGUAUGUGGUUUUUGACCCACGAUCCGCUUGUCAAAAACUGAUUAUGUUGACUCUGAAUAUGGGUUAUGACGUGGCAAAAUUUGAUCAUUUUAUUUUCAAGUUACAGUUUCAAAGGUAGUUUUAAAAAUGAUUGUGAGUGAAUUUUUGAAGCUGAAAUUUUUUAAAAUUUAUAUUUUGCCACGUCAUAGCUCAUAUUCAAAAUUGAGCUAACAAGCAGUUUUCAACAACGGGAUCAUGUUCAUUCACCUUUUUGCAUGUUUUUGUUUUAUUUUCCUUGCACUCACUGAUAACCCGCUUAUACUUACGUUUCGCAAAAUUGUUACAUAAGUGCAAAAUGGGGAAUAUCUUACAGAACCUCAAAUUUCGAUCAAAUCCAAUGAUUAUCAUCCUAUUCUUUCUGAACAUUGUUAUUUUGCGUUUGCAGAUAAAACACAUCAACAAUUGGUUGUAAACAAUCCGCUACCACUUGAUACGGUAAGGUUUUGGGAGAAAGAUUUGGCAAAUUCUAAUUUCAAAAAUGUAUUUUUGCAGCCAAUCCCGUCACAGCCAACAUGGGAUUCAUUACACGGAGAAACAUCGGGUCCAUUGACUUUGCCACAAGUCGCUAAAAAAGUGUCGCCCAAAAAAUCGAACAAACGGAGUAAUUAUAGAGAAUUGUUGGAUUUGUAUAGUUCACGGUGAGUUGGAUUUUUAUUUAGGGUAAACUAGAAUUCUAAAAUAAAAUUUUGAAACAAAUAUAAAACUAUUCAUUUUUCUGCUAAUCUCAAAAAAAUUGUGUAAAUUUUAAAAUCGGAAAGCAUAUUUUUGGCUUCUCAAAAAAAUUUGUUAAAUUCUGGAAUACUUCAAAAUUUGCGAAAACCCGCUUAUUCCUAGAUUUUCAUUGUUAUUUUUUCGUUUUCAUCAUUUUUCCUUCACUAAAUUUCGAAAUGCAAAAAAAUCUUGCCAAAUAAAUCCCGCCUCCCGAUUCACGCGAGAAUUUGUUUUUUUUUUCUGCGACAAGCAUUUCUGAAUUUAAAAAGUCAAGAUUUUAUGGCUGUGAGAAGUUCUUCCGAAAUGAGAAAAAUAUAUUGCAGAAGUCAACCGGUUUAUCCACAACCAUCUACAAUAUAUUAUCAAAAAAGAACAAUCGAAGAAAAACGACGAAUUCUGUUUGAUGUGGAUGAUUUGUUGGAUUUUGAAGAUCAAAUGUAUUUAGGACAACAACUCAUCGAAAUGCAAUCAAAAGUGUCAAAUGAAAAUGAUUUGCCGUGGAAAAAACGAUUGACAUUCAUUGAAUGUGCAAGACCCAAAGAACCACUCAUGAAAAGUGAACCGAUUCGAUCAACCAAAGGAGCACCUGAUAUUUUCUAUGAUGAUAGUGAUUUGGAUGGUGUGAUUCCGGUUGAAGAAGGAUGUUCGAGAGCAAGACCUUAUAAGAAAAUGAGCAUGAAAUUGAAGAGAAGUUUGAUGAGAAGACCGGGAAAUGGAACUGGAAAUACAUUGAUAACUGAAAGAGAUGAGACUGCACUUCGACAUCAAACUAUCAAAGAGAAAGAAAUGAAAGCGUUGCAGAGAAGAUUGUUGACUUCGAUGGGAGAUAUGACUUCGGAUAUUUUCAAGAUUAAUCAAUUGAAGUGUCGGAAGAAGAUGAUCAAAUUUGCGAGAUCGAAUAUACAUGGAUGGGGUUUGUAUGCGAUGGAAUCGAUUAUGCCAGAUGAGAUGAUUAUUGAAUAUAUUGGACAGAAGGUAAGAGAUUAUAUGCAUUUAAUUAACCAACUAUGUAUUCUGUUCCAGAUUCGAUCGCAUAUAGCUGAUGUUCGUGAACUUGGCUAUGAACGUCGUGGAAUUGGAAGUUCGUAUUUAUUCCGAGUUGAUGAAGAAGUUGUGAUUGAUGCGACGAAAAAGGGAAAUUUUGCCAGAUUCAUUAAUCAUUCGUGCUCGCCAAAUUGUUAUGCUAAGGUAAAUUUUAUUAAAAUCUGGGAGCUUCAAAAACUUAACCAACCAAAUUCCAAUAUUUUCCAGGUUCUAACAAUCGAAGGAGAAAAACGUAUUGUGAUUUAUAGUAAAGGGACAAUUAAUAAAGGCGAUGAAAUAACAUACGAUUACAAAUUCCCGAUUGAAGAUGAAAAAAUUGAUUGUUUAUGUGGAGCGAAAAAUUGUAAAGGAUCAUUGAACUAA